GCAUCGCCGGUCGCCGCUGCUCGCUCGCGUUCGCGGCGCCCUCGCCUCCCUGUCACUCCCUCGUCCCCCGCCCCAUCCACGCCGCGUCGCCCUCCGCCUCCAAAUAAAGUAAAUGCGGGUGACAGGACGCCACCACCAAAUCCACCUGCGCCCUUAACCCAUCGCCGCCCCGCUCGAUCCCCUCCGCCUUCUUCGCCGCCGGCCCCCGGACUGCGAAGCUCCCAGGAGCCUAGAAGGACCCGGCGCCAUGGGGUUCUGGGAGUUUUUUCUUAACUGGCUCCGCAGCCUCUUCUUCAAGCAAGAGAUGGAGCUUUCAUUGGUAGGGCUCCAAAAUGCUGGGAAAACAUCACUUGUGAACUCCAUUGCUACUGGAGGUUUUAGUGAGGAUAUGAUCCCUACUGUAGGAUUCAAUAUGAGAAAGGUUACCAAAGGGAAUGUGACGAUAAAAUUGUGGGAUAUUGGAGGCCAACCUAGAUUCCGGAGCAUGUGGGAGAGAUACUGCCGUGCGGUUUCUGCAAUUGUGUAUGUUGUUGACGCGGCAGAUCGUGAAAACAUGGCCAUUGCAAAAGGGGAGCUCCAUGAUCUCUUGAGCAAGCCAUCUUUGACCGGAAUACCAUUACUAGUAAUUGGCAACAAAAUUGACAAGCCUGAAGCUUUCCCUAAACAAACCUUCACAGAAAUAAUGGGCCUAAAGACGAUCACUGACCGAGAAGUGGCAUGCUUCAUGACAUCAUGCAAGAACUCGACCAACAUUGAUUCUGUCAUUGACUGGCUGGUGAAGAACUCGAAAAAGAAGAAUUGAACUUAAAUCUGUACUAGCUAUUAAAGCGCACGCCAAUCUCUCUAUUUUUGCAUGUCGCAUAGCAUUGGAGCUGUAAAUUAUGCAAGAGGUAUUAAUCAGGGAUGUUGUGUUCAUAAUUUUGUUAACCUGGUUUAGCAGUAUGUUGGUGGACAGCGUCUGGUAUUGUGCACGCCCGUGCUCUGAGGCUGCCUCCUGUGUUCCACUCAAUUUUAGCUGUGCGAUUUGUUCU